AAGGAAAAGAAACCCCCCCCCCACCAAAAAGAAGCGGCGUCUAGCAAUCCGUAAUGCUGCACAGCAGUGGGAGGGUGUCAGGGCCUGCCUGGAGCUCCCAUCCACAAAUGGCGCUAAAGAAGAAGUCAGUCCAGAGAACAGCCCGGCUCACAGCCCCGCCCAGACCAGUGGCCUUACACAGGAACCUUCCCCUGAUGAACCGAGGCGGGUAAGCCCAGGUUCAGGACCAGAGCGGCCAUCUGGGGGAACAGAAAUCAGACUCCAGACCAACAGCCGUCCAAACAACCCACGAUACCCCAAGCUUGUGGAGGCAGGGAGUGGCAGUGUUCGAAGCUUGUCCUUGUCUGACAGUCACCUGGCAGAGCUGGAUGGAGACACCCUGCGUUUAUUUGGACCUGGAGCCCUGAAGGCCCUGAAGAGGCGCUGGAGUGUUCAGACUGCUGGUGCUGUCACUGUAAUAACCUUCCGCUACAUCAUCUUUGAUGCCAUAGUACCAACACUGCCACGAAUAAGAGUCAAGUUCCCAAAUCUGUCGCAUAUGAUCUUCCUGGAAACCAACAUCAGCCAUCUGCUGCAGCUGGCAGCCCUGGCUCAGCUGAGGCGCCUAGACCAGCUGACCAUACACCCAGAUGGCAACCCAGUGGUCAGUUUGACUCUUUGGCGUUCCUUUGUCAUCUAUCGUCUUCACCACUUCAACCUGCAGAGGAUCAAUGGCCAGGAGGUGACCAUGAACGAUGUUAUCGCUGCAGAACGUGUAUUUGGAACACUGGGCCAUAUAGCAGCCACCGAAACUCCACGUUACCGGCUCCUUCUGCUGCUUGAGGAGUCCAGGAAGCGGCAGUUGCAGUUCCUGUUGGAGGGGCGUGGCCGGCGGGCAAGACUCAGUCCAGAGGAGCUGCGUGAUAAUGGGAAACUCCUGGGAGAAGGCCUGAGCAGAGCGUUGUUCAACUACCCAAGCAGAGACUGCAGUGCAGAGAGCCCUGAGGAGGGCACUGUGGAGUCAUCAGAGCGUGCUACUAUGGUAGAGCAGUACCUACAGGAGUUGGUCCAAAGUGCAAUAGACACCAACCUGAAGGGCGAGGCUUUACACAAGCUCUGGCCUUCCAUGUUUGCAGAGAUGGUGAGAGACUGUGUCUUGGAGAUGAGGGACCGAGCGGCCUUCCGCCAAGCCAGGCUGGCAAAGCUCUCUGAGACCAAGUGAGGCCUGGUUCUACAGGAGAUUUCCCAGCGUGUGUGCUGAAUGCUAAUAUAACAGCUACGCACGUGCCACUCUGAUUUAUGCUUCUUCAAUAACUGGGCAGUUCAUUUUAGUUUGUGGGUGAAAGGCAAAUUCUUUAGCAUGUAACACUGUGCGUGUAUAUGUUUCAAGUAUCAUCUCUUGGUUCUGGAAAAGUAUGCAGUGACAAAAUGUGAACACCCGUGGACGGACUCCCAUGCGAGCCUGGGGAUAGCAGCAGGGUCCUUGGAUGUGAUUGACGCCUGCAGGGCUUUAGGGCAGCAGAUUGCAAGUGGGUGACUCAUUCAGCCUGGAUCCUCGCUAUAGGCCUACUGCAGUGCAGCGUAAAACAGAUCCAUCUGGGAACAGAUGGGGCGGGAGGAACAACAAGAGUGAAGCAAGGAAAGAGAUAAGAAAAGCGAUGAAGAGGAGGAUAGGAAGCAUCCUUGUGCUGAUAGGGAGUGGCACAGAGGCAGAGGGAGAAUUCAGCCAAGAGAUGCUGAAGCCUGCAGCAGAAGGACAAACUCUCCGAAGUCAGGAGAGAGUGUGGAGGACAGAAAAGCUCUGCAGGGAUUUACUCACAUGCAGGCUGUAGGGAAAAAUGCAGCUCAAUGCUGAAUUUUGUCAAUUGACAGGAUCUUUUUUUACUUCUAAAUUAAGGCUGCAGCUUACAUUUGCUUUCUUUCUCAGUUAUUUGAUGGAUUAUUUCUAUUAAUUGGCCAAAAAAAAAUUUCUAAAUAAUAUCAGAAAUUUCACAUGGUGUAAAACAGAGAUGGCAUGGGAAACAGCCUGUUCUUGCUUUUGCAAAGGUUAGAAAAACAGCACCACUUUGAUGGCAGAGCUUAAAUUGUAGUCAAAUGGUGCCUAUAAUGCUGUAAUCACAUAUAAGUCACAUACACAAAAGACGUUUAACCACACAUUUAAUCCACGAGAAGAUAUCUUAAUAUAAGAAAUAGAAUUGCAAAUUCAAAAUUGCGGUUUGUCUCAGUUUUUCCACACGAUAAAGAGACACUGCUGUGGUUAAUGAAAGAAAUCUUUAAUGUAAGGAAUAAAGGUGUUGUUCAUUGCCUAGACUGGACUGUAAUUAUACAAUUAAAAGUUUCUGUAAAAUUCACAGAAAAUUUAUUUUUCUUUUUUGACUCAUUGUUUAAAAACAUUUUGUAGACAGGAGUGAAAAACAGGAACUUUGACACUCCUGCUGUAGGCUCUGUAUGAUGUCAUUGAGAGCAGAUAUCCUCAACAUGAUCCUCUCAUACAGCUCUGGCUGUGAGCCCAGAAGUCCCUCUCACUUGACAGGUUCAACCUGGAAACCAUCUGUUUGCAAAGAACAGCCAAUCAUAAGAAACUGUGAGGAGGAGGGAGGAGAGGGGCUUAACGUGAGAUGAUUAGAUCAAUAAGAGCUGUAAUUGAACUGAAUCAUUCAAGGCUAAUAGAGUCCAAAAAUAGCAAUAUUGAGCUGCAGUACCAUGUUGCAUAAAAUAUCCCAUUUAAGGUCAUAGAACAAACCCAAGGUGGCACUUAUGGAAAUCUUUACUGUUAAUAAAUACUUGAUUUCUGAACAAAUAGGUGCUGUACUCUUCCCACCUUUCUGCUUCGCGUCAUAUGUAGACGCUUCUUCCUGCACGUACAUCAUGAAGUGAAAUGUCCUCCAAAGGCUUGGAUGCUCUUUCUUUAAGUCAAUCCAGUGCAUCCAGGUUUGCCCGGCAGUGGAUCAGCAAUGCAGUAAAAGCAGUGCUGCACUGGAUCCAGUCCAGCAGCAGUACCUGCAUUAAUAUCCCUCUCAUCUUUUUAUCUCCUUUA